GCCCAUUGUAAGCAAUCAGGCAAAAAGAAGCUUGCUGUUGUGCACUGAACAGGCACUUCUUUCAAGAAGGCGGAGAGCUAUGCUUAUUCUACUGACAGAAGAGCUAACAGACUGGCAAGAAGUCAGGACAUAUUCAUUUCACCAGCAGACGGUUCACCAACAGUGGGUCUUCUAAAGUCAACUUCUGCUGCCCUGCAUCUGAUUGCUUCUGAAUGCAAAUUCAAGCUUCACUGUUGCUGGCAAGAAAAGAGCAACAGAUGCUCUCAACCACAGGCUUACUUUGUAACCCUGCAUCUGUUUCAACACGCACACUAAAGCUGUGCCCGCGGGAAGAGGAUACACAUGUUUUAUUGACAGAACCGCAAGUGGUUUGAAUUUGCGCCGCUGGCUGACUGGAUAUUUUUUUAUUAUUCAUUUUUGUCUUUUUAGGGCAGGGGGUGAAUCUCUGCAUUGCUUAAGCCAGUAUGAUGUCUGUUGCUGUGGUAUGUGUGAUGUUAUUUCUAGCAGGCUCAGGGGAGCCUCAGGUUGCUUCACAAACUCAGGGGCAAAGCCAGAAUGAGGGUCAAGAGCAAGACAGCUCUGCUGCACCUUGGAGACAAGUGAUACAGUGGGAAAACAAUGGACAGGUGUAUAGCCUACUUAAUAGUGGAGCUGAGUAUGUUGCCCCUGGGGCUGGAGGCCAAGAAAGAGCACCUAGGGUUAUUUUGUCGGAUCCCCGUCCUUCACGCAGUCGUCACGGAGGCAAUCUCCGUAGACAGGCUCCUUCAAGGGGAUCAUCGUCGGAAACUGUUCGUGGACAGGCAAGGCAUCCUUUUGGGUUUGGACAAGUGCCUGAUAACUGGAGACAAACUACAGGCAGCACAGGAAGUAGCCAGUUCCAUGGUUCCUCAAGCAGUCAGCGGCGUCAAUCAUCCUCAUCCUUCUCUUCAUCAUCAUAUAACAUACCAUCUUACCCUCAAUACCCAUUACCCCAACAGCCCCCAUUCCAGUCCUUUGAUGGGAGUUUUCCAGAUAUUCCAAUCAGAAAUUAUGAGCCACCUUUUCAGCCUGUCCCAGGUGCUGGAUACAGUGGAGGAACAUAUGGAACUGGACAAGGGUACACUGCAGGAGGAUAUGCAGGAAGUAUUGGCUCGGUGUUUCCAGGUACUCCAGCUGAACUUCCUGAAAACAGUUACUACUUUUACCAGUCUUAUGGAUAUGUGCCCAAUCCAGUGGUGCCUGCAAGUGCUCCCCAACCACCAUUUGCUGAUGGUCUGGAUCACAGAUAUACCCACAGCCUCUUCAAUGAAGAAUCUGUCCCUGUCAAUCCUGUCCCUGAUACCAACCAGGCAUCUUCUAGUGUGGUGGAUAGAUCAGGAGCUGCUGGGCAACCAGAAAUCAGAAGCCCACAAUACGAGCAAUUUCCUCCUUUUGGGAGACCUCGUCCUCCUUUCUCACAGCCUUUUCCUCAAGGCAGAACCUCUCCAAACUCUGCUCUUGAGAACCCUGGUACCAAUGUUGGCACUGUAUACAGAGGCAACCAAAGAGGUUUGCCUGAUCUGGUUCCUGAUCCAAACUAUGUCCAGGCUUCAACUUACAUCCAGAGAGCCCACAUGUACUCCCUUCGCUGUGCUGCAGAGGAAAAAUGCCUCUCAAGCUCUGCCUACCGCCCUGAGACCACUGACUAUGAUGUAAGGGUCCUUCUUCGAUUUCCACAGAGAGUAAAGAAUAAAGGCACAGCAGAUUUCAUGCCCAACAGGCCUCGUCAUACCUGGGAAUGGCACAGUUGUCAUCAGCAUUACCACAGCAUGGAUGAGUUCAGCCAUUAUGAUUUGCUGGAGGUGAGCACUGGCCGUAAAGUGGCUGAGGGACACAAGGCCAGCUUUUGCCUGGAGGACACAACCUGUGACUUUGGUCACCUGAAGCGCUAUGCCUGCACUUCUCACACUCAGGGUCUGAGCCCAGGCUGCUACGAUACAUACAAUGCUGAUAUUGACUGCCAGUGGAUCGAUAUCACUGACAUCAAACCUGGAAACUACAUACUAAAGCUCGUGGUGAAUCCAAAAUUCUUGGUGCUUGAGUCAGAUUUCACCAACAACGUUGUGAGGUGCAAUGUUCACUACACUGGGCGAUUUGUCACAACAAACAACUGCAAGUUAGCACAGUCUUGAUCCAGCAAAUGAAGACUAGGACAUUGGAGUGACCUUGAUUGCAAUUCUGUUGAAAUGUGAUUAUAAUUUAAAUUCCAUUCACAGUUCUGGUUUAAAUCUUAAGUUUUGCUGCAUUUUAUUUUUCAUUAUUUCUCUAUGUUUUGUUUGCUGUUUGAUACUGGGCAAACAAAAAACCAGUUUCCCUUCCUCUAUAUGGAGAUUUAAAUAUUGCAGCUUUAACCCAUAAUACAUUUCACUCAUUGGUAUCCCAAUAAUGCACCAACAGUUUACACAGCCCUGCAUUUUACGGUAAGAGCACUCUGCUUUUGUCAUUUAAAUAACAGUUUGACCAGCCUGCUUUGGAUCCAUAAUAGUUCACAUCGCUGUCUUUUAAAAUAUAUGGUUACUGUAUUUCAACAUAGUUGAGUCUCAUUUAAGCUACAAUCUAACAAAUAAAAUUAGGGAGGUAGAGAGUUCUGAAUUCAUCCGUGCAGAAUGGCAACACAAAAUGCCUAGUGAUUCAGAAAAGCUAUAAUUAGACAGUUUUUGCUCUAUUUUCUCUCUUAGGCACCUUUGCAGACCAGGAUGGGAUCCUGUAAUUUCCAGGGCCAUGUCCCAGUAAAUGUUUUAUCAAUGUUAAAAGAAGGCUGCAGGUCUUAUUUGCAUGUGUUUUUCUCCAAUUAUAUGCCCUUGGAAAAGACAAGACCAUUUGUAACAGGUCAUAUAAAGCACAGCUCCCUUCAAAAAGAAUGAAUUUCUUGGGAGAAAAUUGUGCUUUCAGGUAAACAGGAUUUGCAGUAUUUCUGCUGAAUUAUUACACCUUUGAAUGUGCCCGAUACUCAAACCUUUGUCAGAUGGUACAUAGGUAAUCUAUGCCUUUUAGAGAAUAUUUAUGCAGAUAUUCAACCAAUGCAUUAUUUUAAUGAUGGAGAUCAUUGUAUAUAACUGAUUCCAUUUGCAUAUUCACAUUCAUGUGUAACUGUUAUCGUCAAUUUUAGUAUAGAUAUUGUUUGUUUAAAAAAAUCACUGCAGAUAUAUAUACUGUAAUGCAGAGUUGCUGAAAGUAAUAUUCUCCUACCUCUUCUAUUGACCUAUUCAUCUGUAGACAUCUGUGUCUAUUUCACCUGCCCUGUCCUAAUAUAUCAAUAAUUGAUUACCAACAACGAGUUCUACUUCAAUUGUGUUAAUUUUAACAAAAAAGAAAAAUAUUUAGAUUUUGAAGCACUAAUGGCACAGCAAUCCAAAUAUGUUAGCGGAGUGAUUACCUCUGUGAUCAGAUGUGGAAUUAAAUUUUCUGCAUAGAUCAACUUUUCUUUUUUUUUUUUUUAGAAGAUUUUCAGCAUCUUCAGGAUCUGAAUAUUAAAAUGCCAUUCCUUGUGUUUUGUAAAGAAAGCAUUCCCCAGUACCAACAUAAUCUCUAUAUAUCCAUGUACUGAUCAAAUAAUAGCACACAGUUAUAUUGUUCAUUUCUGUAAACAUUUUUAUGAUAUUCAAUUCUGGGCAGGUAUACCUUUUGUUACUGCUGGUCUUUCAUUUAGUACUGUAAAUGCUCAGAUCUUUCGAUUUGAUAUUUGGUAGCUUGUAAACUUUCUUUGUGCUUUAGAUUUACAUGUUUUAGCACAGAUAAUGGCUGGUAAGGAGCCUGUGUUAACAGUCCAGGUACCAUUUUAAAGCAUUACGCUGGAUCUACUUGUUAGCAUUGUUGCAACACAACUAGAAGCUCAUAAUUUAAUAUUUUUGUGUUUUAUUGUCAGUUUACCAAUACUCCUUCUUACCUGUGUGGUAAUUUAGAUUACUCUUCAUAAAAGCCCAUACAGGGACAAGUGCUGCAAAUAAGCUCAUGCUUUAAGCACACUGAUGGACACAUAGGACUACUGCUUUUUCAGUUUUUCUGUUACCAUCCAUCUGUUCCUUAAUAAACUCAAUUAAUAAUUAAAUACAUAAAUACAUUUCAAAUCAUGGCUUAGACCCCAAUUUUACAUGCAAUUGUCUAUCUGCUAGGCCAUUUCAAUUAAAUUCUGUUUAUUUAUAUAGGGCCAAUUCACAAAACGUCAUCUCAAGGCACUUUGCAGAUACAAUUCAACCAGAUCAUCCAGUCAAAUUGAUACAAAGUUUUCCAUCUAAGGAAAACCAGUUGAAUGCAUCGACUCCUUGACUCAGAUGCAAUCCCUCACACCAAGCAUGCUUAUAGCGACAGUGAAGAGGAAAAAAAACCCUUUUAACAGGAAGAAACCUUUUAGCCUUCCUGAAUGGGGUUAACCAGGUGCAAAAAGGAAGUUAGGAACAGAGGUUAGUUGAAGUGAAUUUAUAGGAACAGCUUACCGUAACUUAAAUGUUCUGUGGUAGUGCAGAAAAAGAGAAGACAUAACAUAACUAAAAGAACAGAAUGAAAAUGACUGGAAAUGUAAUUCUAUUUUGACAAAAGUAAAACCUAAUUUGUUUUAUUGUUUUACCAAAUUGUAUAAUUAUAAAACUUUAGGGAAACUUACCAACCAUCAGAUAUUUGAUUACAACAUAGGAUUACAAAAGGCAACGUGAAAACCUUUCAUUCUAAUGGUGGAACAUUAACUCUGGGUAAUUCCACGUCUGCAACCUUUCUGACAUCUUUUGAUCCAAAGUUUUGUGUUUUUACAGUGAACUGUUACCAAAAUGAAAUUCAAUAAAUAUAUUAAUGUCA